AUGCAUUUGACUUCCAGUGUUCUAGCGCUUUCAGCCAUUCUUGCGCCCAUUUACGCUGGCAAGAUAACAAUAAUCCCUCCUGAUGAUACUAAUCUCGAGUUCGUCGGCGUCGAGUACAAGACUGCUGCGGAGAAGCUCCCCGUGCUCUACAACUACCCUAACACAGCAAAUAUCACAAACUGGGAGGAGAUGCAUAGGUUGCUCGACAAUCACACAAUCCAGGCAGGGGCUAGGACAAACAUAUUCCGCGUCCCGUUUAAUUUCAACCAGCUCUUUAUCGAGAACUCGUCCCGUCCUGUCAAUGAAACAGAGCUGAACAACCUCGCGUCCGUCGUGGAAACCAUCGUUCAAGGUCCCGGUCCCUCCCCAUAUGUCGCCAUCGUACCUGAGGUAGUCAACGGGACAAAACGCCUCAAAGACCCCGAUGAACUGUACCAGUUCUGGAGGGUAAUAGGCAAGAAGUUCCAGCAUAGCACCCAUGUGAUUUUCGACCUCGGUCUUCCGGCCACGGCCAACAGAGCGCUCGCGGCAGACCUGAGCCAGGAAGCAAUCAGGGCAAUCCGGAGGGCUGGGGCUCGGAAGCAGUACAUCUUCCUCCCAACAGACAUGGCCACUCUGAACGAUCCACUUCGUCUGAUUAUCCGGGAUCCCUCACAUCGGACAAUCUUCGAGGUUGACAUCAAUUUGGUGUGCGGGGCUACAUAUAGGCGUUACAAGGGGCCCCAUCGGAGGGUCAAGAAGAAAAAGUGGCCGCACAAAGCGCUGCUAUUCCCUUUGGUCAAAUGGGCGGAGAAGACGAAACAGCGGACAGUCGUCAGACGGGUGCAAACAAACAGAAGCUGCCCGGAUCAGGUCGACAAACUCUUGAAUUACAUGGCGAAGAGGCCAGACAGGUGGGCUGGAUGGCUGUGGAAAGAGAACAAGAUGGAUAGACCUGAUAUGGAGUGA